AUGUUACCUUUUGUAAGAAUAUUUGCUAUCGAAUUAAGCCAAACUGAAGAAGUUUAUUAUCCUGGCCAAGCUAUACAAGGGACUGUUAUUCUGGUAUUAAAGAAAGAUAUUCAAAUUUAUCGCAUUAAAGUUCGCUUAUUUGGAAGAGCUAAAUCCAGAAUACAACAUUAUGAUCGUCGUCAGGAUAAAUGGAAAACUUAUACAGAAGAAGAAGUUUUCGUCGAUGAUGCUAAAUCCGUAUUUGGCCAAGAAUCAGCUAAGAAGGAAGAAUCAGGAAAUACUUUAGAAAAAGGAAGACACGAUUUUCAAUUUCAUUUUAAUUUACCCAAUGCCAAACUGCCUUCGUCAUAUGAAGGUAGUAAAGGCAAUAAUAUUCGCUAUUUUAUUGAAGCUUGGAUCGAAAUGAAGGAAGAAAAUAGCAAUCCAAUCGUUACGAAAACAUUUACUGUGUUAGAAUAUAUUGACUGCAACUUAGUGGAUCGAAGAACUCCUUAUGCUGUAAUGGAGGCAGAAAAAUAUUUUUGCUGUUUCCUUUGCCGCCAUGGACCUCUUCGAAUUUUAGCAUCGCUCGAUCGCAAAGCGUAUUGUCCAGGCGAAAAUAUUCAUCUUCGAGAAAUCCAAAUCGAAAAUAAUUCCAAUGUGGCUGUUGAUGCUGUCAAAAUGAAAUUAGUUCAGAGUGUCCUAUAUAAAGCUAGAGGUCGACGUAGUAAAGGAGAAAAGAUUUAUGCUAAUAAAAAAACGACACUUCCUUUAUCAAAGGAUACGGCUACCUUAAAGAAUGAAACUUUAACUAUUCCAGCACUACCGCCAACUAUUACAUCGCGCCCAAUUUCAAUCAGUUACUUUGUUAAGGUCUAUUUAGAUAUUCCACGAGCAUUUGAUCUACAUUUAACAUUUCCAAUUGAAAUUGCUACCAUUCCUAUUCAACGUACAAGAAGCAUAGUCCAUUCACUACUACUAGAUCCAAAUGCUAUUAAUAACGCUUUGUUAUCGUCAUCACUAGCAUUAAAAGAAUCAGAAAUGGAGGAAAAUGAUGCUGAUGAAAAUGUUAUUACAACACAACCUAAGCCAGUCUUAGGGCCUAUAGCAAAAUUUAAAACGAAUGAUUCUAUUGCCUCAGCAUUAUCCUGUUAG